AUGGUUUCCACUGCUCUCCUAGCUGUUGCAGGCAUUGCAAUCAGCAGUAUAGCACAGGCUCGACAGGUGCCAGAGCGUCCCAACAUUGUGCCCGGUCCUAUUCAACCUUUCAAGCCGUUCCCAACCUCAGUUCCACGAACGAAAUCAUGCUUCGUGAAGCCGAGCUGCACACCCGGGCGGGACGAUGCACCAAAGAUUCUCGCGGCCAUUGAGGAGUGCAACAACGGCGGCACGGUCGUGCUGGAUGAAGAGUACACCAUCUGUAGCCCACUUGACCUGCGCUUCCUCAAGCACAUUGACAUUGCCCUCACUGGCACAGUCAAAUUUUGCGAGGAUAUUGAGAAGUGGGUGCCAGCCUUCUUCAACUUCCCAUUCCAGGAUCAGGGGACCUGGUGGCUGUGGGGAGGAGAGGAUAUCAACCUGUACGGAGCUGGCACGGGAACCAUUGAUGGCAAUGGACAGGUUUGGUAUGAUGCACAUGCUACUUCUAACGUCCAGCGGCCUUUGUUGUUCGUCACCGACGGGUGGGUUGGGGGAUCCAUCACUGGUCUGAAGCUGCGGAAUUCUCCACAGUGGCACAAUCUCAUCGCCAACAGCUCGGAUCUCCUCAUCUCCGACAUCGAUAUCUACUCUCGGUCCACGUCUGAACACGAGGCUAAGAAUCUCGACGGCUGGGACACUUACCGGUCCGACAACAUCGUUAUCCAAAACUCGUACAUUGACCACGACGAUGACUGCGUCUCUUUCAAGCCCAACAGUACCAACAUUGUUGUUCAAGGUCUCGUCUGUAACUCAUCGCACGGUAUAUCAGUGGGCUCCCUCGCUCAGUACCCGGGUGUUUUCGACGUCAUAGAAAAUCUGUACAUCUACAACAACACGCUUAGCAACGCCACAGACAGCGCACGCAUCAAGAUCUGGGCCGGCGAGCAUGCCGUCACAAAGCCGGGGUGGAUCGGCGGAGGCGGCACGGGCCAUGUCCUCAAUGUGACUUAUGACGGAUUCCACGUGAAAGGGAACGAUGCAGUCCUCAAGAUUGAUCAGUGCUAUGGAACUGUCAAUGCUUCGACGUGCGAGGAGAAUCCUUCCCAGAUGAUCAUUGAAGACGUCGUUUUCAAGAAUUUCUGGGGCACCACGUCGAAGAAGGGAGACCCAGUUGUGGGCUCGCUCAUUUGCAGCGACGAUCAGAGCUGCCGCAACGUACGAGCUGAGAACGUCAACGUGUCAACGCCAAGUGGGAAGACUCCUCAAUGGCAGGUUCGAUUCAUCGACACGGAGCUGCUGGAUGUUGUCGGGGAUAUCGUGAAUGGCUAA